CGAGGAUAUUGGUCCGAUCACUAUUCACAUUCUUGGUCGCUUGGCAGCCGGCAUGUGCGCUUUGCAAUCGAUUCCGUGGUCAACGCAUGCCCUGCUUGCUCGUUCUUCGUGGAAGAAUAUUCAGUCUGUGGUACUCUGCGAUACAAGACAUGCAGAAGAAGAAAUGAUCUAAAGAAACAAUAAUCUGGUGUUGAAUGAGCAAUUGUAUUUCUUUUUUCUUGUUUUGAAACACGUGAUACAUUUUACAAAGACUGAAGAAUUUUAACUCUAGAAUGUAUUAAAAUUGAGAAGAUAAAACAACCAAGUGUCACGCCCAGGAACAUUUAUGGGCCGUAAACGGUGGUGGCGUGGAGGUCCAGAGCUGUUGGUGCUCUUCAUUCUCCAUCAUAUAAUUCUGGGUGAUGGUGAUGUUGGGUGUCUGUUCAGCAAAAGCCUUUGUGAUUCUCGUACGGAAACAUGUUAUAAUGAUCUUGCAUUUGGUAGAUGUUUGCCAUUAUAUUCUGAUUUGAAUGAAGAAAACUAUUAUCAAUAUGACUUUGAUGUGAACGAAUUAAAGCUAUUAAGAUUACAAUUAGAAAGGUUGGAAGUAGAUGGAUAUAAAUGGUCUCAUCCCUACACGCAAUGUAUUAUGCAAAUGUCCUUAUAUAAUUUACAUCACGGAGAAAACUAUGAUCUUCGGCUGUGUCAACAUUUAAAACAACGCACACGUUUCGAAAAUAAAAAUGAAAUUGAUCAGGCCAAAAUACCUACAAUAGCCAUAGUAAAAUUCAUGCCUAACAAUGACAAAUUCAAUAGUCAAUUUGCCAAUGAGCUCUACUAUCCUCCUGGUACGCAAGAUCAAUACUUCCGUGACUACAAUAAUGAAUUUUCUCAAUUACCAUAUAAGGAACAACUUAAAGAAACAGAUACUCAAGUCUACAAUUCAAGGUACAAUCCAAAAUUUUACAACGAAUAUGAUUCUUUAACAAAUGAAGAAAACUAUGAAGAGGAGAAUGAUGAAAAUAAUUCGCCAAAAAGACCAGUAACUUUUGAUAGAUUUGAUGAAAGAUUAUAUCGAACCAGACGGCAACCAUAUAAUUUACGAGAUUACGAUGAUAACGCGAUGGAAUCGUUUAAAAAUGCUUUAAAGAAGGAAGAGUUGAAGAAGAAACUUUCAGAUAAUAAAAAUUCAAAUUCCAUGGAUAGUUUAACUGCUGAUAAAUUAGAAUUUCUGGUGAAUGAUAAAUCUGAUGAUUAUUCUGAUAAAAAGAAUAAUGAAGAUGGAGAUAUUGAUGUUGAAUACGAGAAAACAUUUUCAAGAAAAUACAAACCUAGAAAAUUUACUGAGCUUCCGAAUAAAGACGAGUCUUUUUUAGAAAAUGUGAAACGAUACGAUAAUUUCAAAGAUAAUUAUGAUAGUGAUGAUUAUGAUGAUGUGAAUGAUGUAGAAGAAUUGCCUCAAAAGGAUAGUGCAUCAAUAAAAAAUGGUAUUUAUACUGAAGGAGGACUCGUUCAAUCUGUUGAUGAUAAAUCUAACAUUGGCAAUGAUGAGAAUACCUACGAUAAUUUAUUUGAAAAUGAUUUAAGCGAACUUCUAUGGAGACGUGAAUUAGCUGGUUUUAAACGACGGGAACGUUUGGAUGUUAAAAAACCAGGACCACCAUUUUCAACAAAUAAUUACGCGUUUAAAACUCCAACUCCAAUCAUUUUAAAAAAUGAAAAUCGGCCUUUCAUCGAAACCGAACAAGAUAAUAAUGUAUUAUUAACUCCAAAGAAGGAAAUAGAAAAUGUACAACAAGCGAACAGUUCAAAAUCCUACAAUAAUAUUGAUCUAGAUCAUGUUUACAUAGAAUUUCAGCAACCAUUUCAUGCUUGGAUAGAAGCAAAACAUGUUGUACAAGAAGUGGAAAAAUUAUUAGGACUAAAAUUUGAUUCUUUAAAAGAUAUUCGAGUUGGUAGGACAGAAGUGACAUUUAAAGUUGAAAAAAAUAAUCAAAAUUAUAGUGCUACUGACGUGGUUAAUAAAAUAGAUGAUAUACGUAGCAAGUUGAAAGAUACUCUGGAAGUCGAUGUGAUUCGUGCAGGCAUAGGUGACAAGAAAAAACUACCUGCAACGCUGGAAGUUAGUAGGAAAUCUGAGAUGAAUUCAACUAUGCUUGGAAUAUUACUAGCUUCAGGAUUUGGUGCUGCCAGUGUAGCUGCAAUAAUUACAUUGAUGAUUGCUCGUCGACAUGCUAAAUUUCGAGCCAAAUUGGCAGGAUUGGCUACACCUGAUCCAGAAGCUUCAAAGGAUUAUCAAGACUUAUGUAGAGCAAGAAUGCAUGCUAAACAAACAACAGAUAAACCAGAAUCACCGCGAAUUACUAGUUUAAGUCGCGAAAAUGAAUCCAAUAAUUUACCAUCGAAUCGAUCUAGUACAUCCUCUUGGGGAGAGGAACCAACUCUUUCAAACAUGGACAUAUCUACUGGACAAAUGGUUUUGAACUAUAUGGAAGAUCACUUAAAAAAUAAAGAUCGAUUAGAUCAAGAAUGGGCAGCAUUAUGUGCAUAUGAGGUAGAUCCUUCUUCAACGGAAAUCGCGCAAAAUGAAGUAAAUAUGAAAUGUAAUCGUCCUGGCGCGGCAAUUCCCUACGAUCAUUCCAGGGUGAUUCUAAAUGAUCUUGCUAAUACCAACAAUUCCGAUUAUAUUAACGCCUCCACGAUCAAAUCGACGGAUCAUGAUCCUCGAAAUCCAGCUUAUAUUGCCACACAAGGACCAUUACCAGAAACAACAGCUGAUUUUUGGCAACUAGUUUGGGAACAAGGCAGUGUCGUAAUCGUAAUGUUAACUAGACUUACCGAAGAGGGUAUCGCCAUGUGUCAUCGUUAUUGGCCUGAAGAAGGAUCAGAAUUGUAUCAUAUCUACGAGGUGCAUCUUGUAUCCGAGCAUUUUUGGUGUGAUGACUAUUUAGUCCGUUCCUUUUACUUAAAAAAUCUACGUACUGGCGAAACAAGAACUGUAACGCAAUUCCAUUUCUUAUCUUGGCCCGAAAAUGGUAUACCGCACUCUAUCAAGGCACUUCUUGAAUUUCGCCGAAAAAUUAACAAAUCUUACAAAGGUCGAUCAUGUCCUAUAGUUGUCCAUUGCAGUGAUGGCGCAGGGCGUACUGGAACUUAUUGUUUAAUCGACAUGGUCUUAAAUCGUAUGAUGAAAGGAGCCAAAGAAAUUGAUAUUGCAGCUACAUUAGAACACAUAAGAGAUCAAAGACCUAAUAUGGUUGCCACAAAACAACAAUUUAAAUUCGUUCUCAUGGCAGUAGCGGAAGAAGUACAUGCAAUUCUUAAGGCUUUACCUGUACCUCUUACAGAAAAAUCUCCUCUUCCAGAAAACAAUUCUUCGACAAAAUAACAUCAGUAAGAUUUGAUUCAAAUUGAAAAAAACUUUUCUUGUGACGAGUA